AUGGUAGAAGUUCUAUACGGCGACUACAAUGGCUACCUCCGGCCGCUGAGCCUGAUGUACUUCUCGCUCGACAGUCGCUGCCUGGUGGCCGACCAUCCACGCAGCGUCCAGGAGGAAGUGGAAUCCCACUUCUGUCCACACUGCACCUCGUUCUUCAGGACGCCCGAUGCGGUGUCAACGGAAAACAGAUGUCCGCAUUGCUUCGAGUGCCCGUGCUGCCGCUGCGUCCUGGUCCCAUCGCCGGUGAGCCUCGACCGCUCUGCUUCCUCCUUCUCCUCUGCUGGCACGUCGUACUGCUUACGGUGCCUCUACUGCCAGUGGACCAGCGAGGACUCGGGCCUCGUCGCACAGGACCCAGCGGGCCUUGCCGCCGCCGCGGCUGCUGAAGAGAAGAAGGGUGGCGGCAGCAACAGGACCAGCACGGCGACGGUUAUCGGCGCCCUGCUCGAGGCGGCCCAGCAAAGGGAAGCGGAGGCCGCCCAGCGAGCGAGGUCGGCGGCGGGCGGAGGGGGCGGGAGUCGGGGCCGGGAUCGGGGUCGGGCUGCCAGGCUUCGUACCGGGACCACGAACAGCGGUGGCGGCCGCGGCCGCGAUGUGGAUUCGUCGCUGUUCUCUUCGGCGGCGAGCAUUUCGUCCCACACCACGCGCGCCGUCUUCGCUGGAUGUGCUGUUCAAGUAGUUCGUACCCUUCUUGCUUUUGGGACAUGCCUUCAACUGCCCUCCUUCUUCUUCUUGCUCACCCCUCCCCUCCCCCUAAAGGUGUCCGACCUUAACAAUGCUGUCGCGCGGAGGACCCAAGUCGUGGCGGCGGCGUCUCGCUCCGUCGCACUUCCCCAACCACCCGCCGCCGCCGGUACGCCCGCGGCCGUCUCCCCGCCGUGGGCCCUACGGGGGGACACGGACGGCCCAGACCCGGCCCUGUGGACCCUCUCCAGCGGGCACGAGACCGCCGGGCUGGCUGAGAGGGUGGAAGGGUCGUGGUCGUCGCCGCCACGGCAGUCGCCGCCUGCUCGCGGAGCACGAGGAGACGGUGGCGGCGGCGGCGGCUCGGAACUGGCGGUAAGCGGGGGGGCGGGCGGCGGUGGUGGCGUUCCCAGGCGCGUGCGGUUGAGGGCGCGGCUGGGCAAGCGGUGCAGGAAGGACCUGGCGUUGGGUCUCUGCUUGCCACCCCCUCCCCCCGCCCUUUCCUCAAAAUCUGCCCUUGGUCCAAUCGCCCACAAACACACACGACGAACGAACCGGCAGGAGGGCAUUAAAAAAACCCGGUUCAAGAAGGAUUGCUCGGCCGCGCUGUCGGUACCGAGGAUUACGGUGGCGUCUCUGCCCUCCUCCCUGGCGUUGCUAGGACCGACGACGGCGGCAGCGGCAAGCAAAACAGCGGCGCCGCGGCAACAGGGUGGGCGAGAAGAAGACAGUCACGGUGGUGAAGGAAGCGAAGUGGUCGCGGGGCAGCAACCGCAGCAGCAGCAGCAGCCUUCGCUAGUCCUGCGGCUCGCCAACCCUCAGAUCACCCUGCUUCGGCUCCGCGUGGCGACGGAACACGGUCCCUCGACGGCCGAGAGCGACCUGGACGGAAACAUCGCCGCCGCCGCCGCCGCCACGGUCGGUGUCGAUGAGACGUCGCCGCCGCGGGCGGAACAGAGCGCUGGCGGAGGGGGAGACGGGGGCAGAAAAGAAGGCCGUGCUGCUGCCUCCGCUUCGUCGGGGUCACCCGCGACCGGCGUGACCGCUGCUGCCGCCCCCGCUCUUGGUGCUGGUGGCGGGAACGCCGGGUUCGUGACCGUGCGGCCGGCGGGCUGGGGGGAGGAUGACUGGGUGCACCUGGAAGGGAGGGAGGACGAGAUCAUCCGCCAGCCGGGCGACAGAUAUCGCUUGCCCCGCGGCCUCCUGUCGCGUGCUGACGACGGCGGCGGCGGGUACACGGGAAGCCUCCCGGGAGCCGAACGGAGUGGUCGCGCUGGCGCCACGCCCUUCUUGCUGCACCAGCAGGGGGAUGUGGCGUGGGUAAGGGUUCCGUUGGACAAGGCUUGCGCCGAUAGAGUAGCAGCGGCAGCUAAGGCGGCGGCGGCGGCGGCGUUGCCGGUGUUGGACGUCCGGUUUUCCCUUGUCAUGGGAGAAGGGGAUGGAGGAGGUGGUGACGACAUUUCGAUGCCGAUAGCGGUUCGAUUCCCCUUAUCCAGCUGUCCGUCGUAAACGUUCAACCAGUCACCGUGUAGAACGUGCGUUCCCGCCGUCCCCUGCUGGUAGGCGGGACGGGGGAGGUUCUUGAACGUUGCACCUCCUGCCAGUGGCUUCAUGGUUGAUUGAUUGCUCGACCCGACAACUGUUGAAGAAGGUUUAGAUACCGAUCAUCACUUCAGCGGUGGAUCCUGCGUUACGUCCUGGCACCUGUGUGUACUUCGAAGUAUGUUGUGUCGUAAGCUCGACUGGACAGUAGACUUGUGAGCCUCUCGACACAAACAAUAUUUGACGUUUCGUUUUUGCGGCCCGCGAUUUCACGGCGAAGACCAAGGUAGGAUGCGGCAGUCUCGUGGGCUUUGCUUGGUUGAGGGAAGCGUCGGUAGAAUAGGUAACAGGUUGAUAGAUCUCAGAGUUUUGGCCAAAAGAGGAGUAAGCAGAGAUCCAGGGAGUGCACUACAGCAGUGGCGUCGAAUAACGCUAGACUAGUGUAUGUGGUGACGGCUGAGAGUUAGUCUAGUUCCAUUGUUUUUUUUGGGCUUGCUUGGUAUUCUGCGUUAACGUUGGUGCAAUAUUUGUACCUAAGGCUGAUCACGAAAGCGGCUGUUUGCGUUUGACCCAGGGGGGCCUUUGGUCGUCUUACAUGCGAUCUUAUUUGUGUGAGGCAGUGCCGCAAGCCGUGAAGAGAGUAAAGAGGCUGUUCCGCUCGGGAAGACCAAUAACAAUCCAUUUUGCGA